CUGCAAAAUUUGGAGCUGAAGAACUGUGGCAAGAUAUCUUCUCUUUUCUUGUUGAUAUAAUGGAGUCAGCUAUUAAAGCUUGGCAUGAGACUGGGAAAGUGGAUCCGAGGGUGAAUUUCCUUCUUGACAAGCUGAAGACACAGACCGAUAAAUAUGCUCCAGUAGUCAACAUUGAUAAGGCAUUUGAAUCUCCUGACACCCACAGCAGCUGUUUUACAUUUUUAAGGCAGUAUGCAGAGGAGUCUUUUUCUAGGGCAUCUUGCUUGAUAGCACCCAAGGACAUUAUAUCUUAUCCACAGGUUUGGAAAGGGCAAGGGUCAAGAAAGUGGAAGCUGGGGCACAGUGAUGGCUUUUUUGUGCAAUUCGAGUCUCCUGUAUUACGUAAACUAUGGUUUAUUCCUAGUUCGACUGAAAAGGGCCGGACAUUGUGCAGGAACCCUGAGGAUUUGGAUAUCAGUGCCCAUGAAGUGCUUCCUCGUCUGUUUAAGGAGCCAGGUUCAAAUGUCAGAUAGAAUUUCACUUUUUUCUAAUAGAGACAACAUCGAGCACACUAGCUUCAUGCCCUUUAUUGUCUCCUGGUGUGGCCUGUGGAUCACAAGCUUGAUCAUUCCUCGAGUAUUUCACUACCAAGAGUUUUCACUGCCAGGCAAGGUGCUUCAAUUUUUGUAACUGUACUGUGUCAAUUUUGUUCACGGGGACCUGCAAAAGGUUUUUCUUUCUUUCUUUUCUGUGACAUUGCCUAAAUGAUGUCUGAUUUGUUUCCCCAUCCCCCUUUUCACUCGUGUGUUACUUAAAUGCUUGUCCAAGCUGUAACACUUGGUGGUCACCAUUUGUUUUGUUUUGUUUUUUGUUUUUUGGGAUAUAUGUAUUCUGAUAUGGUGGAUGGUUUGUUGUUGGCUUGAAACCAUGGUUUGACAUCUUUUAUCAAUGUUUAUGGGUUUGUGUAUCAAUUACAGAC